AUGAGCAAGGAAGAUGAUCCAUGGAUUUGGGUGCUUGGUUUGGCAUGGCCUGGGCAGUUUGGUGCCAGGUGUCCUGGUUCUGCUGGAACCAGGCCUGGAGCUUGUUCCCACCACAUCAGAUGUACCUUGCUCCCAGUGCCAUCUGAAUUCUCCCUCCUUUUUGUCACCUCCCAGAUUGUCACCGGCCUCUACCUCGGGAAUAUUAAUGACUCCGAGGACCACGAGAACCUGCUGAGGAAGGGGGUGACUCACAUCCUGUCCGUGCACAACCACGCCAAGCCCGUGCUGGAGGACAUGACCUAUCUGUGUAUCUCGGCCUCCGAUUCAUCCAGUCAAAACCUGCUGCAGCAUUUUAAGGAGAGCAUCCAGUUCAUCCACGAGUGCCGGCUCGCCGGGGGAGGCUGCCUGGUGCACUGCCUGGCCGGGGUGUCCCGCAGCACCACCCUGCUGGUGGCAUACCUGAUGACAGUGACAGAGCUGGGCUGGGAGAGCUGCCUGGCCGCCACCAGGGCCGUGCGCCCCUACGCCAGCCCCAACCCCGGCUUCCAGCAGCAGCUGCGGGACUACGAGAGGACGCUGCUCCAGGAGUACCGCGCCUGGAUCCGCCGGGAAUACGGCAGGAACCCCUUCCAGGACCAGGAGGAGCUGCAGCGCCUGCUGGGCCAGCAGCAGGGGGGCAGCAGGGACUGCUCCUGGCGCUCCCCAGCUCCCACCUUCCCUUCUCCCUGCCACGCAGGCGGCAGCAGGUGGAUGGACAGAUAAGCACCCGGCUGCUCCCGGGCUGGCCUUGGCCCUGGGGCUUGGAAAACUCCAUUUUCCCCUUGCCAAGCACCUCCAGGGCUUCAUGUCCACCAGCAGCAGGGUUGGAGCAGGGGGACGGGACUCACAGACCCCCCUCCAUCAGCUGCCAGCUCCAGUGAAUGGUGGCAGCGUCCUGCUCUGUCCCAUUCCCCCAUCCCCAGUGGGUCACAGCCCCUUUGCCACCCUCAGGGCAGCCGCCAGCCCCGUCCCUCUCUCCUCACGGUGACAUCUGGGCUGGCAGGGCACAGGAGAGGUGAUGCAGACCAAGGUGGGAUGAGAUGGAGAGAGGGCACCUCGCCCCUGCUUCCCUGAGGAAGGAGGGAUGGAUCCCGGGAUGUGGGGGAGCUGCUGAGCCUCGGCUGCCCCCCGUGGGGUGGGGAGAGGGGCUGAGGUGUUUUGGGGUGCCCCUCACUGUGCUUGGGGUUUUCCAGUCCUCGGCAGGUGAAUAUCUGGCAUUUUCCUUAUCCCAGCCCCAGGGAGGGGGGAAAUGCAGCAGUGCCAGAGGUCCCACUGCCUCCAUCCCUGGAGCCACGGUGGGUUUGGCUUUUCCCUGAGCCCCAUCUGAAUUGUCCCUGCUUGCCUAAGAAGCCAAAAGCUUGGUUGGAUUCACUCAACCCAUGGACCAAUUUAACUCUGUCCCUCUCCAAAAGCCCUUUGAAUACCUAAAACCUGUGACCACGUCCAGUUUUUCAUCCCAAACUCAGACUGUGCUUUUCCAGAGCUUUCUUUGGCAGGAAUUCCCCCCCAUCUGCCUUACAGGGUCCCAUCCUGUGGAUUCAGCCCUUCAUCCCUCCUGUGCCAUCUCAGCCUCUUACCAUAAAUACCCUGUUUGCCCACUCAAAAAUGUCUGUUCUGCAAUUCCUUCUAAGAAAAAAGGGAUUCAAAACAUUUCCAGGAAUUCUCUUGAUGAAGAUUUCUGGGUACUCAUGGUGUGACAGCACCAGGAGUGACUGGCCCAGCUCCUAAUAAAGAAGAGAGUGAUUAAAAUCAUGAGGGUGCCUGGACUUGAUUUGUGGUGUUCCUGGUGGGAAUACAGAGAGGGAUGGACUGAAGUGACCGCCCUGCUUCCCAUUUUCUGGAUGAGAACCACCAGCAAAAUGAAAAGUUUUAAAUAUUCUGUGUUUAGCCAUGAUGUAUAGAAUUCCAGGGGGAAGAAACUGGGGUUUUUUCCUAUUUUUUAGACGGAGAAAAGGAUGUUUUGUCAUUCCACAUGGAAGUAAUGGGAAAGCAAUAAUUGAGAUCGAGGCUGUUGAUAGAGUGGGCUGAAGGGAGGCUGAACAAACGGGAUCAAUAUCGGAUUUAAAGCCUCAGUUUUCAUUUUAGGAAGCAGAAAAAUGGAACCUGCAUGCAGGACGAGAAAAGAGAAGAAAGUGGGAGUUAAUAGGAAGUCAUUGGAGAUGGGUGAUAAGCAGAGAUUAGAUUUGCAGGAGGGCUGAUAAGCUCCACAGCCCGGGUGCUGCCCUGCCCCUCCCGGCCACCCCCGGCUUCAAACACUCCCCAGGGAACCACAGCACCAAAGCAAAACCUGGGAAAAUCCCCAAAAUUUGGGGAACCAGGGAAGGCUGGAGCAGCAGCACCCUCCAUGCCUGACACCACAGCCACAACCGUGCCAAAAAAAAUCUCCUCCUGACCCAAAUUUCCCUGGAUUUGAGGGGUAUUCCAGGUGAGUAUUUCUGUUUUUCCACGCUGGCCUCCAUCAGUGGGACCUGAGGUGGCUUUAGGAAUUCUGGGAGCUGGGAGGCAAACCCUGCACAGGUAAAACGGGGCUGGUUUCCACUUUUUGGAUGUUGCCAAGAGCACCUCAUGCUGUCCCACAUCAGCCUUCCCCAAAGCCUGGUGCCUCUGGCACGGGGAAAUUGUUCCAAACACAUUCCUGGCCCUGCUGGCUGCUCAUCUUCCCUUGCCAGAGCAGACAGGGCUGGGGGGCAUCUCCAAAACCCCAUUUUAACUGGUUUAAUUUUUUAUCCUCCUCACCCCAGGGAAUUUGGAUUUACCUUUCCAUGAAACUGCAGAGCCAAAAUGAAGCUGGGAAUGAUGAAAUCACCUCACUGCAUUGCAAUGAAUCUCCAGGCCUUUGGUCUCCAGAGGGGAUGGAGAGUUUGGUUGUGUGCAGACCCUCUAAAACAUCACAAGAUUUUCAGAAUUUUAACAAAAUAAAGAGUUUUUUGACAGAAGAGUCUCUGUCUAGCAGGGGGAG